AUGAACUAUCUUCAACAGAUGACUUGCGGAGAAGCAAAUCGUGUUGUGUCCGGCUUCAGUCAUAUGAAUGGUGAGAGAGCUUACAAGGCAGCAAUGAGGCAACUCGAGGAAAGGUACGGUGAUAAUGAAGUUAUCGUGACAGCCUUUGUAAAGAAAGUGCUAGAUUGGCCACAAGUGAAGGACUCGAAAAUGUUGGAUGAAUUUUCUCUAUUCUUGGUGGAAUGUGAAAAUGCAGCAGAGAGUAUGGACAGUAUCAAAAUUCUAGACUAUCAAGAAAACAUAAAAAAAUUAAUGAUGAAAUUACCAAUAUACAUGCACGAUAGAUGGAGAAGUGUCGUCUUGAAAACAAAAGAUAAAAAGAAAAGUGUGGUAUUUUCAGACUUUGUGACCUUUGUUAAGAAUGAAGCUAAGAAGUCAAACGAUCCAACUUAUGGAAACAUGUCAGUGAUUGGAAUUCGACAAAGCAGUAACAAACCGCAGAAAAGGACUGUAGCAGCAACUGAUGUUGUGAAGGACAUAUCUAGACUACCAGAAUCGAGUGUGAAAUGUGUAUAUUGUGGAAACACUUCUUAUAUACUCAGUGAAUGUAAAAACUUCAUUGGAAUUAGUUUGUCAGAAAGAUAUGACUUUCUUCGAGGCAAUGGACUAUGUUUUGGUUGUUUGAAGAAGGGUCAUGUCACUAAGAAAUGUCGAUCAAGACUUUCCUGUUCUGUCUGCGGAAGAAAACACCCUACUUUACUGCAUGAUGAAACAAGGAUUCACACCACUCAAAGAACAGGGGAGACAGUAUCACCAGUGAGUGACCAGCACAAAACAUCGUGUUCUACUGUACCUCUACACACGGAUACAGGGGCCGGAAUAGAAGAUUGGGAUGACGUUUCCUGUGCAAUGGCAAUAAUUCCAGUUCGUGUGAAAAGGAAGGAUAGUCCACACAGUGUAGUGACUUUUGCAUUUUUCGAUUCUGGGAGUAGUGUUUCUUUCUGCACAAAAAAUAUAAUGGACCAUCUUGGAGUAAGCGGAAAGCAAUGUCAUCUGACUUUAAAUACCAUGGGUACCCCAUACGAAAUGACUGCUUAUGCUUUGAGUGACUUGCAAUUGUGUGACCUUUCUAUGACACAAUUUGUGAACUUACCUAGAGUGUACACCAAAGAUAAGAUGCCAGUAAGUAACGAUCAUAUACCUACUCAUGACGAAAUUCAAAAAUGGCACCAUUUAUCACAGGUGAAAGUACCAAAAGUAGAUGCAGAGAUAGGACUGAUGAUUGGUAAUAAUGUUCCUGAUGCAUAUACACCACUAGAAGUCCUAACAGGUCCAAGUGGAUCUCCACAUGCAACCAGAACCAAGCUUGGGUGGAUAGUAUGGAACUUGUUGAGAAACAGAGAGACUCAUGAAGUGAACCGAGUAAGCAUUGAGAGUUGUGUUGAUAGUGAUCAGAAGUUAGAAGAGCUAGUGAAGAAAUCUAUGGACAUGGAUUUUCCAGAAAGAACGAUAGACAACAGAAGAGAAAAUUCUUUUGAAGAUGAAGAUUUCUUAACUCAAAUGAAACAAUCGAUUUGUUUACAAGAUUGUCACUACAAUGUAGCUCUACCUUUCCGAAAAACUUCCAUUACGAUGCCAAACAAUUCUUCACAAGCUUAUCAAAGGCUGAAAGGGCUUAAGAAAAGGCUGGAAAGAGAUAAGAAGUUUAAAGAUCACUAUGUAGAUUUCAUGAGCAAGCUGUUUGAAAAGAAUUCUGCUGAAACAGUUCCAGAAGACAAACUUGACAGAAGCGAUGGACGAGUAUGGUACAUUCCGCAUCAUCGUGUGUAUCAUAAUAAGAAACCCGAGAAGAUACGUGUAGUCUAUGACUGUUCAGCAACAUUUAUGGGUUCAUGUUUGAACAAGGAACUCCUUCAAGGGCCAGAUCUGACCAACAAUUUAUUGGGAGUACUUCUUCGAUUCCGUCAGGAGAACAUUGCCGUCCAGGGAGACAUUGAAACUAUGUUCUAUCAAGUGUUUGUCCCAGAGAAUGAUCGAGACUUUCUCUGGUGGGAAAAUGGAAAUCUAGACUCUAGCCCAAAAAUAUUCCGAAUGAAGGUGCAUAUCUUUGGUGCUACUUCUUCACCUAGUUGCUGUAACUACACUUUGAAACAUUUGGUAGCGGAAAAUAUGCAGAAAUACAAACCUUCCGUAGUAGAAGCAAUAAAACCAAGCAUGUACGUAGAUGACUGUCUGGCAUCACUGAGUACAGAAGAAGCAAAGUCAUAUGCUAGAGACACAUAUUCCCUCUAUCAGAAUGGAGGCUUUCAUUUGACUAAAUGGAUCAGCAAUAGUGUAUCUGUAUUAGAGUCAAUUCCUGAAGAAGAUCCUGCAAAAAAUGUGAAGGAGUGGAUCAUAGAAGAAAAUUGUUCAGCAGAAAGCGCCUUAGGAGUCUAUUGGUUUAUUGAGAGCGAUCAGCUGGGAUUUCAGAUAUCUGUCAAAGAGCAACCAGCUACACGAAGAGGAAUUCUUUCCAUCAUAAGCUCCCUGUGUGAUCCUCUGGGAUUGGCAUCUCCUUUUGUUAUGAGUGCCAAGAUCUUGUUACAAACAUUAUGUAGGCUUGGGAUACACUGGGAUAAGGAGAUCUGUGAAGAACAUAUGAAGUGUUGGAGUAAAUGGAUAUUACAGGCACAACAGUUGGAGGCAUUAAAAAUAGAACGCUGUUACAAACCCAAGGACUUCGGGAGGAUUAUUACUUGUCAGUUGCACUGCUUCUCUGACGCAAGUGACGUAGGAAUGGGAGACGUUAUCUACUUACGUUUUGUAAAUGAACAGGGAAGAAUCCAUUGUGCUUUUGUGAUUGGAAAAAGUCGGUUAGCUCCUCUGAAGACUAUUACAAUUCCAAGGAAGGAAUUAACAGCAGCAGUAAUAAUGGUGAAGUUAGCAAUGGUCAUUUCUGAGAAUCUGGACUUUGCUAUAGAUCAUGUCUUCUACUGGACUGAUAGAAUGACUGUGCUGAAAUACAUAGCCAACACAAGUGCGCAAUUUCAUACCUUUGUCGCCAAUCGUCUAACAGUAAUCCGUGAAGCUACAAAAUUGAAUCAGUGGUACUAUGACGGUUCUAAAGAAAAUCCUGCGGAUUGUGCUUCUCGAGGAAUAGGAAGAAUCGACAAGUUCUUGAGUCACACCCUGUGGUUUAAUAGUCCGGAAUUUUUAUGGAGGGAUCAACAUGAAUGGCCAAAACAAGAUCUGCAUGAUGUCAAGGAACAGAAACUCACAAAUGACCCAGAAGUGAAAGUAGAAGUUACUUAG